AUGUUCGCUCGCCGUGCCCUCCAGGCUGCCCGCCCGCUCGCCCGCGCCUUCUCGUCGGCCCCGGUCGCUCGCAAGGACUUCGUCCAGGAGCUCUACCUCAAGGAGCUCCGCGCCUACAAGCCCAAGCCCGCCGCGGCGACCGCCGGCGCGACCAAGUCGUACUCGACCCCGUCGGCCCCCAAGACCCCCGAGGUGCCCGACGCGGCGGCGCUCGCCAAGGAGCUCGAGGCUUACGACGCCUCGGUCCCGGUCGCCGACUCGCCCUCGACCUCGACGGCCGAGGUGGUCGACGAGUCCGAGGCCGUCGGCGCCGACGACUACCUCAAGCUCUGCGAGGAGCCCGUCAAGGUCGAGGCCAAGCACUGA